AGAACAAAGUAACAUAAAACGUCAAGUACAACAACAAAGCUUUUUUCGCUAACUCAACACAACCAAAAAAUAGGAGACGGAAAGGGUUUUGUUUUCCUGUAGCGAGCAGAGGUGACUGCGCAUAAAGAAACUUAAGGAGGCAAUAACUAAUUCAGAAGCAAGAACAAUACAAGACAAUACAAAACAUUAGUAAAACAUCAUGGCAGGUUACAGGGGUACCUCCAUACUGUUGGAGAAUUUAAUUAAUAGAGCUACCGAUGCCACCUUGACUCAAGAUAAUUGGCAAUAUAUACUUGAUGUUUGUGAUAAGAUAUCUUCUAAUCCUGAAGAUGGAACUAAACAAGCUAUUAGAGUUAUAAGUACUAAAUUAUCAAGUAGAGAUGCUAAUGUGAUAUUAAGAAGUUUAUCACUCUUAGUAUCCAUUGCUGAGAAUUGUGGAUCUCGAAUGAAACAAGAAAUUGCCACCAAAUCAUUCAUACAAGAUAAUUUGAUUAAGAAGCUAAAAGAUAAUAAGCUUCAUAAAACUGUCAAAUAUAAGAUAGUUGAGGUGAUUGAUCAAUUGUAUCACGAAUUCAAGAGUGAUCCAUCAUUAAAGCCUAUGACCGAUGCUUACAACAAGGUCAAAUCCGAAUAUUCUCAAUAUUUCAAAUCGUCUUCUGCUCCAAGUAAACCAGAAAAGAGAGAGAUUAGUAAGGUAGAUAAAGUAAAAGAAGAUGAAGAACUUCAAAGGGUCCUUAAAUUAUCAUUGCAGGAGUAUGAAAGAGAACAACUGGUUAGAAAAACUUAUCUUAAUUCAAAGCCAUUACCAGAAACCAAGCAAGAGCAAGAUCAGGCACAAUCUGAACGUCAACCAAAUCAAUCACCAUCACCAGAGGCUCAAACAAUAGCUACUGUAUCGAAAGUGAGAGCUCUUUAUGAUUUAAUCUCUUAUGAAGCUGAUGAGUUAUCCUUCCGAAAAGGUGAUGUGAUUACUGUAAUUGAAUCAGUCUAUAGAGAUUGGUGGCGUGGUUCUUUACCAAAUGGUAAAAUCGGUAUUUUCCCUCUUAAUUAUGUUACACCAAUAGUUAAUAAAACUCCCCAACAAAUUCAACAAGAGUUAAGUGAAGAGAAUAAAGUCUUAAACGUUGAUCAGAAGAAGAUUGAUAGAUUAUUGGCUAUUUUGUCUACUUCUGCUGCAAAUUUGACAACAAUUAAUGAAGAUGAAAUUACUCAAUUAUAUAACGAAAUCAUUCCCUUAAGGCCUCAACUUGGAAAGUUUAUUGACAAAUAUAAUAUAAGGAAGGAAGAAUUGGGUGUAUUAAAUAAUCAAUUGAAUAAUGAGGUGAAGUACUAUAAUGAAUUAAUGGAUUCCCUGAUAUCUAGAAGAGCCAAUGCCAAUCCAUUCGAGAAUAAUUCAACACCUUACCCUAGUGCAUACCCCCCUGCCCCACAAUAUACUACUCAACCACCACCUCAACAGCAAACUCCUUCAUAUCCUCAAUAUCCAACCUACGGAUCUCCAGAAGCUCCUUUACAGCAACAGCCAACCAGUGUAGGGUUCGGUAAUAACAUUUAUCAUCAAGCGAGCGCGCCUUAUCAACAAGCACAGCCUCAUCAACAAGUACAGCCUCCUCGUCAGGGCACUCAGGAUUUGCAACAGUUCCUGAACAUUGAAAGGUUUCCGGAUGUAAGUAAUCUAUAAUAUAUAGCCUAUAUAGUGUGAAUAAUAAGU